AUGGCUGACCCCAGCCUCAUCUCCUGGGGCGUUUCCCGCAUCUCACAAAUCCUCCCACUAGACGAAGAAUCACUCACGCAGAUCAUCACCUACGCCGCCAGUCUACCGAAAGAAGAGGGUGCCGAUCAUCUCAAAAACCUCCUAGGUGACUCCCCCGCUGCCUUCGAGUUCAUAUCCGCUUUCAGUUCUGGACGAGACCCCGCACCUCAGCGACCAGCAGUCCCCGAUGCAUCCUCAUCUACACCGACAGCAACAAGCUCCAAGAAUCCAGCAGCGCGGCAAAAGAAAGGCAAGAAGUCGAAACCACCGCUACACAGCGCCGGGCCCCCACGCCGGCCCGAGAACUUCGGAGAUGUGACGGGCGGAUACAAGAAGGCAGAUCUAGAGGAGGAUUACAUGGCGCCGGCGCCUAGAGCCAAACAAGAUACCAAUGCUUCACGAUCGUCGCAUUUAUCGGUCGAAGACUCAUCUGCUGCUUCGUCGCGCGCUCACUCACCUGCCCCGAAACAAAGCUCGAGCAAACCGCCACCCUCUGCAUCGGGGCCUAUGCUCUCAGACUUGUUACCGAACGUUAAGUCCAAAGCCGCGAAGUCCUCUACACGACACAGUAACAAUACCACUACGAGCCAGUCUAAGAAUUCCCUUACGACGACCAACAUCUCCGAUUUAACUGCCGCAAUCGCCGCACUAGAAGUAUCCACGAACCCAACUCUGAGCAACGAAUCCCGAAAAUGCUCCUGCUUCGCUUCGAUCCACCCACUUUUCGCUCCCGCCCCGAACUGUCUCAACUGCGGCAAGAUCAUCUGCUCCCUGGAGGGCCUCCAGCCGUGUUCGUUCUGCGGGACACCCCUGCUAUCGAACGAGGAAGUGCAGAGCAUGAUCCGAGAACUACGGGCAGAACGAGGCCAGGAAAAGAUGCGCGCGCAUAACGAGAGUGUGCAUCGCGAGGGCGGACCGGGGCAGGGCCCCUCGCCUUCGGCUUCUUCCAGCAAAUUGAACGCGGCCAUGGCUCACCGGGACAAAUUGCUUCAAUUCCAGGCGCAGAAUGCCAAGCGGACGCGCGUUGUCGAUGAGGCGGCGGACUUUGAGACUCCGAAUGUUGCGUCGACGCUGUGGAUGAGUCCUGCGCAGCGGGCUCUCGCCUUGAAGAAGCAGCAGCAGAUAUUGCGCGAGAUGGAAGAAAAGGCUCGUCCGGAAUGGGAGAAGAAGAGGACCAUCAUGAGUUUAGAUAUUAAGGGCGGGAAAGUCACUCGCGUAUACCAGUCUGCUGGAGCUAGCCCUGCUGAUCCGGGAUCCCCUGCGGAAGAAGAACCCGAGCCCGAGCCUGAGGCUAGUGAGCCGGCAGAUGACUAUACGAAGCCACGCCGCGGUGAAGCCUUCAGUCGGAAUCCACUUCUGGCGGCCGGGGGAUUGAUGCGUCCUGUCUGGAAAGGACCAGAUGGUAAACCGGUUGAGGCGAGACCACAAAGUGAACGAACACAGACAUGGCGACGAGUCCAGGAUGAUAAAGACGACAAUGAGCAAUGGAUUCUCGACGGCGGCUUACAUGGAUACUCUUAG